CAAACUAUGAUAAAAUAAUCUGAAAAAUUGUCAAAAUACUUUUUAAGACAUUCUUUUUGGGGUGCAUAUGUUAAGAUUACAUACUUCAGUUCAAAUCUUAAUUUUUAAAACAUCACUUGGAGGGAAAUCUAUUUUCUACAAAAUGCCAUUUCUUAUACUAUAAAUUCCCCUUAUGAGUUAAACGAGAAGCUAAUUAAUUAAGGAAUAAUUUAAAUUAAUGUCAAAUACGUGUUAUAGUUUAAUUCUUCAUUGGGAAAAAGCAAGCUGAUGGCUAAAGUAUGAACAUUUUCCAAUAUUACGUAGUCUAUAAAUUCCCAAGAACCUGUGGAUUCACUUUCAGUUUUCAUCUCAAAGCACUAAAAGUCUCUCUACUUUUUUCUAUCUCUCUAUUCAGUAGAGACUACUUUUUUCUAUCUCUCUAUUCAGUUAUGCAUGGAUAGAGGCAUAGAGCUUAUUAGGAGAUUCCAAACCCAUAAAAACAAAAAUAAAACACAUAAAUAGCAUUUGUAAGGAAAUUGAAAGUAUGGAAAAUUCAAUGAAGAAGAAGACCUUCACAGAGAGUGAAGAAGUAGAGCUCAGAAGAGGGCCUUGGACUCUUGAGGAAGACACUCUUCUCACAAAUUACAUUCUCCAGAACAGUGAAGGCCGUUGGAACGUCGUCGCCAAAUGUGCUGGGCUAAAGAGAAACGGGAAAAGUUGUAGAUUGAGAUGGUUGAAUUAUUUGAAACCUGACAUCAGGCGAGGGAAUCUCAGUCCCCAAGAACAGCUUCUGAUCCUUGAUCUCCACUCUAAAUGGGGUAAUAGGUGGUCCAAGAUAGCACAGUACUUGCCAGGAAGAACGGACAACGAGAUCAAGAACUAUUGGAGAACAAGAGUUCAGAAACAAGCUCGACAGCUCAACAUCGAAUCUAACAGCGACAAAUUCUUUGACGCUGUUCGUAGUUUCUGGGUCCCCAGAUUAAUAGAGAAAAUGGAGCAGAACCCAUCAAAUACUUAUUGUUGUCCCCAAAACAACAACAAUAACAAUAACUCUCUUCUUCCUCCUUCUCAGUCUUACGACUCAAUGAGUAAACAAACAUAUACUGAUAUCUCGGGUAAGAACCCGGGUAUAAGCAACACCGAUGGUUCUGCUUCGAGCUCCACUUUCAUGCCUGAUCUUAUGACGGUCCCACACUUCAUGGAUCACAACACCAUCAUCGAUUCUUCGAUGUGUUACCAUGAAGGCAAUGAUCAAGAACUCGGUGGAUAUAUUCCUGGGAUGGAGGAGUAUUACAUGAGAAAUUCAGACAUAUCAACGGAUUGUCACGUGGCGGAAGCGUACGAGGAUGUCACACAAGAUCCCAUGUGGAAUGUGGAUGACAUUUGGCAGUUUAGGGGCUAACUGUCAGUCAAGAGACCUAUGUACUAUGGUUGGAGCCUAGGGUGGAGCCCAAUACAUGGUUUUAUUUAUCUACUAUAGUAAAAUACUUUUCAUUUUAGUUUAUGAUCAAAAAGUUGUUGGAUAAGUAUUUAUACUACUGAUAGUUGCUAUAAGUACUCUUUGAUUUCAUGUCCUUUGUAUAAGUCUAUUUGCUCAGAUUAAAUAUAUAUUAAGACGAUUCUUCAGA